UGCUACGUCUGGUUUCGUCUUAGGACGUAAACUAACCUCCAAAAACCCCCCAUCACGCUCGAUCAUUGAGAGACGAAGGAUGGUUAAAACCGGGUAACUGAAAAGAACUCCAAUUUUUAAUAAAAAAAUAUUUGAAUCUCUGUGGUAAUACGGCCAUAGAAAAUUAUGGCGAUGUUUGAGGCGUUGAGAAAGGACUACAGCGAUUAUUUGCAGCAGCAUUUCAAGCUGUCGGAUGUUUCGUUGUUUCAAAAGAAGUGUGUCGAACGUUGUGCGAAUGAUAGCGACAGAAAACCGGCGAUCGAUCAGGCGCUCCGAGAUACUCUGCUAGUUGUACUAACGGAAAACGCUUCGGGUAACGUGCGCUCCCUCGAAACAUACAUCACCUUCUGCAUAGAGCUAUGCAGGAAGGAUCUUGCGACAGCGAGCAUGCCAGUAAUGUUGCUGGGCGACAUCUUCGAUUCGAUGACGCUAGACAGAUGCGAGCAAUUGUUCACCUUCGUGGAGAACAAUGUUACUGUGUGGAAAGAGGAGCUAUUUUUCACUGCCUGUAAAAAUAAUUUGUUGAGAAUGUGUAACGACCUACUGAGGCGACUAUCGCGUUCGCAACAAACUGUGUUUUGUGGUAGAAUUCUGCUAUUCCUUGCAAAGUUCUUUCCCUUCUCUGAGAGGUCUGGUUUGAACAUUGUCAGUGAGUUCAAUCUGGAAAAUCAUACGGAAUUCGGCUUGGAGAAAGCAGAGGAAGAUGAUUUAGAACAGAUAACUAAGGACGACGACAAGUUGGAGAGCAAGAUACCAAUCGAUUAUAAUUUGUAUAGAAAGUUCUGGGCUCUACAAGACUUUUUCAGAAAUCCAAAUCAAUGUUAUAAUAAAAUGCACUGGAAGGUCUUUUCAGCUCAUGCAUCUAAUGUGCUGUCAGCAUUUGCUUCCUUUAAAUUGGAGGAACAACGCAGUUAUCCCACAACAUGCAUGAAGAUGGACACUUCUACAGAAGGUUCCCACAAGGAAACACACUAUUUUGCGAAAUAUUUGACGAAUCAGAAACUAUUGGAAUUGCAGCUGUCGGACUCUAAUUUCAGACGAUAUGUAUUGCUGCAAUUUCUCAUUCUUUUCCAGUAUCUGAAUAGCACUGUGAAGUUCAAGUCCUUCCUUGCCAGUGGCUAUGAGACAAGUGAGACACAUGAGCUCAAACCGGACCAAGUGGAAUGGGUGAAGACCACCACUGAACAAGUUUACACUCUACUGACAGAAACACCACCCAAUGGUCCCGCAUUCGCGGAGACGGUGAAGAAUAUUUUAAAACGCGAGGAGCAUUGGAAUGCUUGGAAGAACGAGGGUUGCCCGCCGUUUAAACGACCGGCAUCAGAGGCCAGCGGUGGUGAUGAAGAGCCGCGAAAACUGAGGAGACCAAGGCGACGUAUCGGUGAUAUGAUUAGAGAUGCACAAGCGUUUGGCAAAUAUCAUAUGGGCAAUCCAGAACUAACAAAAUUAUGGAAUCUCUGUCCAAAUAAUCUGGAAGCAUGUAAAUCUAAGGAUAGAGAUUUUCUCCCAUCAUUAGAAACGUAUUUUGAAGACGCUAUAAUGGAACUAGAUCCUGCUGCAAUGGUCGAUGAUAAAUACAAGAAAGUGAACGAUGGUAACUUUGGAUGGAGAGCGUUAAGGCUGUUGGCAAGACGAAGUCCGCAUUUCUUUGUUCACGGCAAUUAUCCCAUAAAUAAAUUGCCUGAAUAUCUUGAGACAAUGAUAAAAAAAAUUGCCAAGGAUCGUCCUCAGACACAAUCGGAUACGAAAUUGGAAACCGAGGAGACACCACCAUCGGAAUCGACCGAUCAAGAAUUCAACGAGGAUGUCUUGAAACAGGAAAGUGAACAGGUAGAUGCCGAAAGUGCUGACAUGAAAGCUAGAAAACUGAACAAAGUUACAUCGGAAAUGGUGGCAAAAUUAUCUGAGAGCCUAAAAAACGAUUGGAAAAAAUUAGCAACAAAAUUUGGUUAUACAAAUGAUGAGAUUGCUUUUUUCCAAAGCAAAGCAACUCCAUAUGAGCAAUGUAAGACUAUGCUUGAGAUAUGGGCGGAAGAGGACGAGGAUGCAUCGGUCGAGAAUUUAGCUUAUAUUUUAGAAGGUUUAAAAUAUACGGAGGCAUUAGCGAUAUUAAAAUCCUAAAUACUCUAACUUAUUGAGUAAAAAUAAUAUAAUUUAGUAUUAGUCUAGAACAGGCGUACAAAAACUGUAUUAUAUUUCAUCAUUUGUAAUAAAAUUUGUAAUUGUUUUAUGAAUGCAUACAUGCAUUUUAAACUUGGAUUAAGAUAAUAAAACCAUUGAACUCUCAA